UCGUGUUAUGCGCAUUCACUUGUGCAUGAUGAGAAUAUCACAGUGUUGGUCAUGCUUACAUGCUUGGCUAAUAAAGGUUAGAUGGUACUCUGUUCACAUUAUUUAGUGAUCUACUGUGUGCUUGACUUUUGUGUAUGCUAACUAUUAUGUAUAAAUGAUAUGUUUGCAUAGAUACAUGUUAUUUAUUAAAUAUACAGAGGCAAGUGUUCCAAUUCACUCAUUUAUAAAAUGUCUUGUUUCUUAUCAAUUUUAUGCAUACUACCUGCAUAGAGUUUCAGGCUUCAUUGGUUGGCUUAAAACUUCAAAGCAUAUCAUUUAAAAAGUGGAUUGAAACUUCACAAAUAGCAUGUUACAUUUUUCUGUUGUCUUUUUUCGAAGGUAUGAAGCUGCCUCUCUGUUACUGAUUUAUGUGCUGUACAUUGUGGUUCUUUGCUUUGACAUCCGCAUCAACCAGUACAUAUUAAAGAGGUUUAGUCCAUGCUGUCAUUGCCUGACUGAACCAAUGGAGGAGAGUAGUGAGCAGCAGUCAUUAGUUGGAUGGAAUGAAGACAGUGGAUUGUUGCUGCACAGGCAUUCCAGAACGGACAGUGGGAUCUUUCAGGAAGACUCGGGUUACUCACAGCUUUCACUUAGUUUACACGGACUAAAUGAAAUUUCUGAUGGUCAUCCAAGUGUCUUUACGAUACCUGAAGCAGACCUGAAGAGAAUUCUGUGGGUACUGUCCCUACCCAUCAUCUUAUUACUGUUUUUAACCAUUCCUGACUGUCGAAGGCAGUUCUGGAAAAGAUGGUUCUUGAUCACCUUCUUCAUGGCUGCAGUGUGGAUUUCUGCAUUUACAUAUAUCCUUGUCUGGAUGGUCACAGUAGUAGGAAGAUAUGGCAAUGUCUAA